AACAGAGAGACUCCCCACAUAAAAUUCCUCUCUCUCUCUCUCGUAACAACUCAGAGACUAAAGAGAAGCAGACAUUUGUAGAGGGAGUUUUAUCUUCAAUGUUCUAUUCUAUCAAAAGAAAUGGCAGUUGCAAGCUCAGAUACCCAAUCACCUCCACCAGCAAAAUCAAGUCCUCAACUUGAAGUAGAGUCAGUCAAAUGCCACUCUUGUGGAUUCACUGAAGAUUGCACUCCUCCUCAAAUUUCACGCGUUCGUGAGCGACACCAAGGCCGCUGGAUAUGUGGGCUUUGUGUGGAGGCGGUUAAAGAUGAAGUACUGAGAUCAGACAGGCUCAUCUCCACCGAAGAAGCCUUAAACAGACACAUCACUUUUUGCAAAGACUUCAGGUCCUCAAGCACUGAUCCCCUGAAUCAAACAGAGCAUCCUAUCCUAGUCAUGAGCAGGAUUCUUCGAAGGAGUUUGGAUUCUCCGCGAGCUCUUCGAUCCGAUUCUAGCAGUGCUUUGCCUGCUGUUGAUAAGAUUGAUGGGUCUUCCUUGGUUCAAUCAGGGAUUUGUUUCUCUGCUUUAUCUCGUUGAAAUUAUGGUUAGUGUUCGUGUUGCAUGCUAAAGCUCAAAACUAAGGUUCAUACAAAAACAGAGGAGUUCUGUGCUUGAAUGAUUAUUUUAAUCGGGUGGUCUUGUUGGUUAAUUAAGCGUUCUCUUAAUAUUUAGGAAAAAGAUUGAGAUUUUAGCUUUAAUUAAGGAGUUUCAUAGUAUGUAAACAUUUUAUAUGCAUUUCUCAAUCAUUUGUUAAAUUCUUAGAA